CCCGAGGGACGGGGCCCUAGGCGGUGGUGAUGGGGGCCGCCCGGAUCGCGCCCGGCCUGGCGCUCCUGCUCUGCUGCCCGGUGCUCAGCUCCGCAUACGCUCUGGUGGAUGCAGAUGACGUCAUGACCAAAGAGGAGCAGAUCUUCCUGCUGCACCGCGCCCAGGCCCAAUGCGAGAAGCGGCUCAGAGAAGUCCAGCAGAGGCCAGCUGACAUAAUGGAAUCGGACAAAGGAUGGGCAUCUGCGUCCACAUCAGGGAAGCCCAGGAAAGAGAAGGCAUCCGGGAAGCUCUACCCUGAAUCUGAGGAAGACAAAGAGGCUCCCACUGGCAGCAGGCGCCAAGGGCGCCCCUGCCUGCCCGAGUGGGACCACAUCCUGUGCUGGCCGCUGGGGGCACCAGGCGAGGUGGUGGCCGUGCCCUGUCCGGACUACAUUUACGACUUCAAUCACAAAGGCCAUGCCUACCGUCGCUGUGACCGCAAUGGCAGCUGGGAGCUGGUGCCGGGGCACAACCGGACCUGGGCCAACUACAGCGAGUGCGUCAAGUUCCUGACCAACGAGACCCGGGAGCGGGAGGUGUUUGACCGCCUGGGCAUGAUCUACACCGUGGGCUACUCCGUCUCGCUGGCCUCCCUCACCGUGGCUGUGCUCAUCCUGGCCUACUUCAGGUGGCUGCACUGCACACGCAACUACAUCCACAUGCACCUGUUCCUGUCCUUCAUGCUUCGCGCCGUGAGCAUCUUCGUCAAGGACGCGGUGCUCUACUCGGGCUCCGCCCUCGACGAGGCCGAGCGCCUCACGGAGGAAGAGCUGCGCGCUGGCUGCCGGGUGGCCGUGACCUUCUUCCUUUACUUCCUGGCCACCAACUACUACUGGAUCCUGGUGGAGGGGCUGUACCUACACAGCCUCAUCUUCAUGGCCUUCUUCUCUGAGAAGAAGUACCUGUGGGGCUUCACAGCCUUCGGCUGGGGUCUGCCCGCCAUCUUCGUGGCUGUGUGGGUCAGUGUGAGAGCUACCCUGGCCAACACCGGGUGCUGGGACUUAAGCUCCGGGAACAAGAAGUGGAUCAUCCAGGUGCCCAUCCUGGCCUCCAUUGUGCUCAACUUCAUCCUGUUCAUCAACAUCGUGCGGGUGCUGGCUACCAAGCUGCGGGAGACCAAUGCCGGCCGGUGUGACACUCGGCAGCAGUACCGGAAGCUGCUCAAAUCCACACUGGUGCUCAUGCCGCUCUUUGGCGUCCACUACAUCGUCUUCAUGGCCACGCCGUACACUGAGGUCUCAGGGACGCUCUGGCAAGUCCAGAUGCACUACGAGAUGCUCUUCAACUCCUUCCAGGGAUUUUUUGUCGCCAUCAUAUACUGUUUCUGCAAUGGCGAGGUGCAGGCUGAGAUCAAGAAGUCCUGGAGCCGCUGGACGCUGGCACUGGAUUUCAAGCGCAAGGCACGCAGCGGGAGCAGCAGCUACAGCUAUGGCCCCAUGGUGUCUCACACAAGUGUGACCAACGUAGGCUCCCGCGCAGGGCUCGGCCUGCCCCUCAGCCCCCGCCUGCUGCCCGCUGCCACCACCAACGGCCACCCCCAGCUGCCUAGCCACACCAAGCCAGCGGCCCCGGCCCUCCAGACCACACCACCAGCUGCGGCCACUUCCAAGGAUAACGGCUUCCUCAACGGCUCCUGCUCGGGGCUGGAUGAGGCCUCUGGGCCAGAGCAGCCCCCCGCCGUGUUGCAGGAGGAGUGGGAGACAGUCAUGUGAUGGGACCCAAGGGCUGGACAUAUGGACCUAGGGCAGAUAAAUGGACCGAGAGACAGAUGGUUGGUGGCUGCCCACUCAUGGCUGGGCUGGGGGGACGAAACAAGAAAGAAAAAAAAGGAAAA